AUGUCUGAGGCUUCACAACAGCAUGAUAUUUCAAAUAGUGAUUUUGACGUCAACAUAUUAGACAAUGUAUUUUCAAAACCAAGUAUUGAAUUAACUUACCCUUUACCUACUGAUCAAGAUACUUAUGUCAAACUUGAUGGGAAUGCCAAAGUGAUUAACAGUUUCAACUUGUUACAUAGUGCCGUCAAGUUUUUCACGGGUAUCCCAGUUGAAGAUAUCUAUAGUAAAGCAGAAUAUCAAUACUCCAUUCAUAAACAUCAUGAUGAUUUUCAUAAAAAGUUUGAAAAUUACAUGAAUAACAAAUUAGAAAGAGAAGAUAAGUUAUUGGAUGAAUUGAUUUAUCAAUUAGUUAAUCAAGAAUUGAAUUUGAAUUUGAUUGAUGGUAAGGAUUUUCAUAAACGAUUUGGAGAAGUUAAAAAAUUCAUGGUGGAAUAUUAUAAACAAGAAAAUAAAACCAGAUUACCCACGUUCAAAUCAAUUGAAUUCAUGAGAACUGCCUAUUUAACCGUCAUGACAUUAUUUAAAAAGAUGUUCCCUAAGGGUAUUUGGUGUUCAAGAAAGGAUUUCACUGAUUUAUAUCAUAAAUAUGUGAAAGAUCCUCAAUCAAUUGUAUUCUUACCAAGUCAUCAAAGUCAUAUUGAUUAUAUUAUCUUACAUUUAAUCUGUGUGAGAUUUAAUUUAGCUACUCCUGCGGUAGUAGCAGGAGAGAAUUUAAAUGUAGCUGUAUUUGGAACAUUUUUAAAGAAUUUAGGAGCUAUAUUCAUCAAGAGAUCAUUUAAUAAUGAAUUAUAUACCGAAAGAAAUCUUAAUAAUGUGAUUGAAUUUUUAUUAUUAAAUAAAAUCAAUUUCGAAGUAUUCAUCGAGGGAACAAGAUCAAGAGAUGGGAAAUUAUUAUUACCCAAAUAUGGGAUUUUAAAAACUCUUACUAAUAUUUAUUUAAAACAAAAAUAUGAUGAAAAGAAUCAAGAUUUUGAUUUGAUAUUCCAACCGGUUUCACUUACUUAUGAACGAGUGUAUGAAACAGAUGGAUAUUUAAAGGAAUUAGUGGGAAGUGAUAAACAACAAGAAUCAGGAUUGAAUAUCUUACAGAAUGGUAUAUCGAAUUUAUUAGCUAAUUCAGAAGAAGCUAGGAAAGUGGUAUGGGGUAAUGAUAAUUUUAAUGAUAAUUUUUCCAAAUUAUUAAAUGGGAAAAUAUUUUUUAAAUUAGGAAAUAAUUUCUUAUUAAGUGAUUUUAUAAAUCAAGAACUGGAUCCCAAAUUCUUAUCUCAUCUUAAAACCAAUACAAAUUUCCAAAUCACUGAUUCUAAUCAUGUCAAUUUAAAAAAAUUAGGGUUCAAGAUCUUACAUGAAGUCAAUCGUAUCAGUUAUGUACCUGAAGUUUCAAUUGUGGGAUUAAGUUUACAAAUUUAUUAUUAUUUCCAUUAUUGUGAUAUUAAUUCAUCUUCCACUCAUUCCAAACCUAUUUCAAUUAAGAUUAAAGAUUUAAUUCCGAUAUUCCGAUUAGUAAGUUUAGUACUUUAUAAUGAAAAUCUAACGUCAAAAUCAAUCACUAAUAUCACGUUAUUAGAAAAUUUAAUUCAAUUACAAGAUCAUCAAGUGGUGGAAGUUUUCCGAGAUCAAGUAUUACAAUUCUUUAAAUAUAUUCAAGUUCAUAAAACCAAUGACGUUAUAAAGAUUUUAAAUCCAAUUGAAUUAUUAUAUUAUAAGAAUUUAUCGAUUCAUCUUAUUAUUCAAAGAUGUAUUGUUAGUUUUAUUAUUUUAUAUUUGGGUAAGAGUGGAUCAAAUCUGUUGAAUUACGUAUACAUUACUAAAUUAUUCUAUAUCAUUAUGGGAUUUUUAAAGACGGAAUUUUUAUUUGAUUAUAAUACGAAUAAAAGAAAUGAUUUAACAUUUAUCUUGAAUGAUUUUAAAUCAUUGAAUCUUAUUGCAGAUGGAGACAAUGAUGGAGAGUAUGUGAUUAAAGAUGAGACAAAUUUAAAUAUAUUUUCGAAUUUGAUUAUCCCAUUCUUAGAAUCAUAUAAUUUAUUAAUUGAAAAUAUCAUUGCCUUAACUAAUGAAAAAACAUCGAAAUUACCAUCAGUUAUCCCUCAUGAUGUUGAUGGAGAUGAUUUGAAAUAUCCGGAUACGAAAGGAUUACUCAAAUAUAUCAUUACCAAACAUCAAAAUAAAGAAAACAAUACCUUCUCCCAUAUUUAUUCCCUUGAAUCGAUCAACAAACAGUAUCUUGUUAAUAAUUUAUAUUAUAUUUUCAAUUUACAGUUGAUUUCAAUAUUCAAGAAUAAACAAAAAACAAAAGCAUAUGUGAAGAUCUUAAAUAGUCGAGAUUUGAAUAUCUUGAAUCAAUUCUUAUUACAAUUAUUGAAUAAAAGGGAAGGACAAACAUCGGAUGUUAAUUUGAUUAAUAAUGAAGUUAAUUUAAAUUAUGUGAUUGAUAUUAUUGAUAAGAGAUUUAAUCGUGAUGUGUAUGAAUUACAAACAAAGUUGUAG